ACGUGUCCAGCUUAUCUUUGAAAGGCUGGUCGCCGGGCAGACCGGUAAUUGGACCAGUGAUGGAAAGAUAGAACAGUCACUCUUUGCGACAAGAUGUCCCAAGGUAUAAUCAAGAGACCUCAAGAGACACACAAAGUAUCCAAGAGCAAGGAGCAUUCUACAACAUCCAUUCCACAAGUAAAUGAGCGUCUGGCUCAUUUGUGGGAAUCUAUCCUUCCAAGACAACCUUACCUCCUCUCCGUUCCCUCGGACGUCCCCUAUCGGCACAGUUCGCGGUUCAUAAACACUUGGUAUGAAGGUACACCUUUCGACAAAAACGAGGAGCAAUUGCAGUACCUGAGUUUCCUCCCACAUCUUGGUGAGCACGAGUCUCUCUUGAAGGUGGAGGGUGGAUGGGCGGACGAGCAGGGCAAUCGUAUCCUGGAAGAGGAACCGUCACCAAGGACUGUACCUGCGAGUGGUCGCAACACACCCGCAGAUACGGGAAAUCGCAAAAAGAUCAGCCUAAAAGACUACAAGACAAAAGGCAAAAGUCCGCCUGUUACCACGCCCAGGCUACAGCAGUUGCAGAUCUCGAAGGAGUCGCAACCUCUGGUAACCAUUACGGAGAAGGAGUCCUCUACGAAUCCUAACGGCUCGCAGACGCAGCAGGACAAGGAUACCGCUCGGCGAACGUUGAACGGCAGGGUCGCCGAGCACAAGCUCGAAGUGACAGUGGCGCGUCUCGACGGUUCUCGUUCUCCUCAAGAUAGUCCCAAACAUACACAGCCGGGCUCUCCAAAUCCAGCGAAGAAAAGGAGGUUGUCCCCACCUUUUGAGGACCGCAAGCCUGUCUCAAAAGCACCGACAAAGGAAACACUACUACCCACCAUGGAAAUGCCCAGGUUAUUGUCCCCAACCCUACCGUCGCCUGAAGAUGAGAACGGAUUGCCCGAAUUGCUCUCACCACUUCUGCCACCGUCGCUCGCCAAAAUGAUAUCGAGUUCCCCGAAUCCUGCCUCAAGUCCUAUAAACGGAUCACAUCAACGAACGGACUCUGUCCGCUCUAUACUUGCCGGCGCGGACCUCGACAAUGAUUUCCUCUUCGACAAGAAUAGACUAGCUCCGACUGGUAGCCGAGUGCGUUCAGACAGUCAGCAUUCAGCCAGAAGUUCUGCUCCGGGUACUCCGAAUGGUUCUAAGUCCAUCAUAGGAAGCAAAGUUCUGUCCAAAAAUGGUAUCAAAGUUGGCACGCCUCUGCAGACCGCGGCCCGGGCAAGUCCCGGACCCCGGCAACGACACACAAUCAUCCUGAAAUACGGCAAAAAGAAUCGAAAAAGAGUUGAGGGAUUGCUGAAAUUUGCUGCUCGCCCUAAGAAGGAACCGGUCACACAAAAUGCAAUUUCACGAGACAUCAAGAUGAAGAAGGAGUUCAUCAAGGAAGAAGUUGACUCUCUCAGGACGCCUGAUAUCAAGCCGAGGUUGAUUGCUGAUGACGAUGUCAGGACGGAGAAGAAACGCAAGGCCGAGGAUAGUCCUGGCCCGUUAUUGAAAAAGAUGAAGUCUUCGAUGAUGAUAGCUGAGAAGGACAAACGACCUUCUACGCCGACUCCGUCUGCGAAGACACCUCAGACGUCGACGAAGUCUACCUUUUCCACCCCAAAGAAAGAAUUGAAGUCAACAGCGAUGAGGCGAGUCGAGUCCUCCGAAGGUGUGGAUGUUCCGACCCCGGGAGACAAAGGUCGAGUUUCGACCCCUGUAGCUGUACCGAAACCUUCGCCUCAACCAACGUCUGCAUCGAGUACUACUCGAGAAGAUGAACGACAGCUGUGGAAUAACAUCGGAAGCAAAUUUUUCGCGUUAGGUCGCACGCUGAAGCAUGAAGGCAGCUCUAUGCUUCCUGCGUCCGAGGAUGACUCGAAGCCUGCGCAAUCUGCCAAAGCGGUUCUUUUGCUGAUUGAAGCCCUGCUCUGCUUCUUGAUCAAUAUCGCGGCGCAGUCUCAUAUGCGGCCCGGUGCGGAUCCUGGUUGGAGGUCGACUAUUCUCUACCACAUUUUUGUCUAUCGAGCAUCGAGGAAGUAUCCGCACUUGCAUGGCCUGGUGGUACAGCUCGGGGCAGUAUGUCGGCAGGCGAUCCACAGGUUCGAUCUGGAAAAGCUGGCACGUGAUCAAUUGCCCGAGGAUUAUUGCAAUUCAGCACCUACUCCUGGUAGUGACGGAAACACAAAAACCAAUGAGGACGGUACCAAAUACAAGAAACGGUAUAUUGAAUUCAAGGAUGAGCUCGUCCACAAUGCCUUUGAGCUGCAGACCGCGUGGUUGAAUGGCUACCGCCGGCUGUGCCCAGACCUGUUGAGGCGCGAUUAUCCAAAUACCUGGGCGAAGCGAGCCAGAGACGCCAGCGCGAGACUUCAGGACAGGGUAGUACCAACGAAGAUACCCAAGGAGUUCUAUCUGCCCAUGGACGCAAACACGAACGCAUUCGAGGCUGCCAGAUUCGGCAUGGCGUUCCUCGAGGAAUGGGCAGAAACGCAGAAGAUUGAGUGGAAGACGAGGAUUGACUUAUGAUACCACUAUCGGCGAAAUGUGCCCGUUUAUUUGCGAUGGGCAGAAACCUAAUGCGGAAUG